AAAUGAAACGUUUUUUAACGUUCCUCAAAAUAACUCAUCCCUAAACUAGUUCUAAGGACACAGUUGAGAGAUAAAUUUAGCAUUUUCACAUGAUUAUCUUGAAAACAUUUGUCUUUUUCUUAUACAUUUGUUCUACGAUUGGUUGUGGAGUAAAGCCAAAAUCAGCUUUAAAUGGUAAUUCUGGUAAUCAGGCAAGUACACCCGAUACUCACAUUGGUUCACAAAUCACUGUGGAUAACAGUUUGUGCAUCCUUAUUUCUGCUGAUGAGUAUAACUGCUCAUGUAUUUCUGGAUUUGCUCCUUCUGAAAAUUAUACUGGAUGUGUAGAUUACAAUGAAUGUAACAGCUCAAGUGAUGUUUGCAAAUGGGAUCACAGUAUUUGUAUUAACACUGCUGGUAGUUAUAACUGCUCCUGUGAGAAUGGAUGGAUGUAUGAUGAUAAUAGCUGCAUUGACAUUGAUGAAUGCAAAAAUAACACAAGUUUUUUAUGUGAUUGGAAUCAUAGUAUUUGUACUAAUACUAAUGGAAGUUAUAAUUGUUCAUGUGAAGAUGGAUGGGUUUUACAUGAUAAUAACAGAUGUAUAGAUCAAAAUGAAUGCGAGAGUGAUGGUUCUUUGUGCUACUGGAAUAAUGGUAUUUGUAUCAACACAAAUGGUAGUUACAAUUGUUCUUGUCAGGAUGGAUGGGUGUUAUUCAAUAGCAGCAGUUGCAUUGAUAUCGAUGAAUGUAACACAAGCUCUCUGUGCAACUGGAACUAUGGUAUUUGUAUUAAUACAAAUGGUAGUUUUAAUUGCUCUUGUGAAGAAGGAUGGAUGUUGUAUGAAAGUAAUAGUUGUAUAGAUAUUGAUGAAUGUAACACAAGCUCUCUGUGCAACUGGGAUCAUAGUAUUUGUAUUAAUACAAAUGGUAGUUUUAAUUGCACUUGUGAAGAAGGAUGGAUGUUGUAUGAUGAAGGAUGGAUGUCGUAUGAAAAUAAGAGAUGUAUAGAUAUCGAUGAAUGUAACACAAGCCCUAAGUGUAAGUGGGACUAUGGUAUCUGUAUUAAUACAAAUGGUAGUUAUAAUUGCUCUUGCGAAGAAGGAUGGAUGUUAUAUGAAAAUAAGAGCUGUAUAGAUAUUGAUGAAUGUAACACAAGCUCUUUGUGCAACUGGGAUCAUAGCAUUUGUAUUAAUACAAAUGGUAGUUUUAAUUGUUCUUGUGAAGAAGGAUGGAUGUUGUAUCAAAAUGAGACCUGUAUAGAUUUCAAUGAAUGUAACACAAGCUUUAUGUGCAACUGGGAUUAUGGCGUUUGUAUUAAUAUGAAUGGUAGUUUUAAUUGUUCUUGUGAAGAAGGAUGGAUGCUGUAUGAAAAUAAUAGUUGUAUAGAUAUUGAUGAAUGUUACACAAGCUCUAUGUGUAACUGGGAUCAUAGCAUUUGUAUUAAUACAAAUGGUAGUUUUAAUUGCUCUUGUGAAGAAGGAUGGAUGCUGUAUGAAAAUAAAUCCUGUAUAGAUAUCGAUGAAUGUAACACAAGCUCUCUGUGUAACUGGGAUCAUAGCAUUUGUAUUAAUACAAAUGGUAGUUUUAAUUGCACUUGUGAAGAAGGAUGGAUGUUGUAUGAAAAUAAGAACUGUAUAGAAGAAUCAAGGAAUGUAUUAGAAAUAUGGACAAUUUGGAGUGAAUGUUCUGCUUCAUGUGGAGUUAGUAAAAAAAAGAGACUAAGCAAAACUGCAUUAAGUCAUGUUACCCAAAUAGAAAAUUGUUAUUUUUUGAACUGUCCAAUUGAUGGAAUGUGGGGAGAGUGGAGUGAGUCAAAAUGUAUAAAUUCAUGUGGUGUUGAUAGGGUAAAAACUAAAGAAAGAAGUUGUAAUAACCCUCUUCCUGCAUAUGAUGGACGAUAUUGCAUGGGUUUUAUAAAGUCUGUUGAAGACUGCAAUAUUGCUGAAGUUUGCCCAGUUGAUGGUGGUUGGUCAGGUUGGUCUGAUUGGUCAUUGUGCAGUCAGCCAUGUCGUGGUGGUACAAUUUCUAGAUUUCAUGACUGCUCCGAUCCUAGACCCAAAUAUGGUGGGCAUCAGUGUGAUGGAAAUAACACAGAGUUUCUUAAUUGUCCUUUGCGAGAUUGCCAAAGAGUAGCUGUUAACUUAAGAAUACAUUUUUUGGAUGAGAAAUAUAUUGAUUCUUAUAAACAACCAACGGCACUUAAAUUUAAAAUUGAAAAUGCGAUAACAAAUAUCUAUGUUAAAUACAAUAAAAAUGUGAGUUUUAACAUUGAUCUGCAUUCUAUAGAAGAUGAAAAUUUACUUAAUAUUUAUAAAGUUCCUUAAGUAAAUUCUUGUACGUAGCUAUUGUACGGCUUCAGGACAUUUUUAUAAAGCAAUAAAAAUUAUGUGAAAAAUUAGUUAUUGGUCUAUCUUUUGUUGUUGCCCUUUUUAAAUAGUUUCUUUGUUAUAUAUUCUUAAAUUUUUAUAAUUUCUUAAGUUAUUAGAAAUUUUGUCGCAAUUUUUUUGUAAAAUUUCUUUCGCAUGCAUUUUCUGUAGUUUUUAAUUAUCAUAAGAUUUUAAAUAAUUACAAUUUUAUUUUUUGUUUGGCGUAAAAUAACAUUUAGUUUUUUAAGCGUUUUUCAAAAAAACUAUUUAAAAAAAUAUGUUAUUGAAUAUUAUUAAUGUCAAGUAUACAAAUGUUGUGUAAUAUUUAUUGAAGAUAUAUAUGUAAACUAUAAU